GCCAACAGGGCAAAUAGGCAACUGAGAACCGAACCAACGCAGAACCUCUUGGUUCCGAGUGUCUUGUCUCUUGUUCUGCAGGCCCAGGCCCAAUAAGGUUUCGGGCUCGUUCAAGCCCAAUUUGAUGCCUAGAGAGAGAAAGAGAGCGCGCAAGGCAAGAGAGAGAGAGAGUGGAGGGACCCGGAAAUUCAAAUAGCUUCAUUCAUCCUCUCCAUCAGACUUCUCAAUUCAUUCAGCCUCUUCAAUCCUCUUUCCCUCGAUCUGCUCCAUCUCCUGAGAUUUGUUAUCUGGCUCUUCUCCUUUCCUUGGCUGCUAUCCGAUUCCGACCCUUCUCAGUCUCGGCAAUUUCCACCCACAGACGCUCAGUCACUUUCCCCCCACCGAAGUGAAAAAGUCUUGAGUGAAACCCCACCCACCAAGGGAAAUCGAACAGGACAAGAGUCCGGUCGCGCUACCACCAAGGGGACCAUCUAGCAGUCCGGACAUAAGACCCAUAUACAUCUGGUUCAGAAUUUCUUUCUCCAUAGCCAAACCUUCAGUUUAUUUCUGAGACGAGGUACCUGUCUGAAUGCCAAGAGGAAGGAAGAAAACUGUCAAACAACCUGUCCUGUCAUCUGGGAACGCCGAUGACAAGGCCAAUGUGAAGAAUUUCCAAUACAAGGAGCAAGACAGCUGGGUAGAUCAGGAAGUUGAACGGAAAGUUGCUGCAAUUAGGGCUAUUCGGGAUGUAGAGAUCGAGCACUUGGUAACAGGGUUGCGUUUACUCCGUUCAUACAUCAGUGAGGAGCAGAUGGAUGGUCCUGCAGCUCAAUUUUUCAAUGAAAGCCUUCCUAACGUGUCUGUCAUAAGAGAUGAUAGGGAUGGCCAAUUUGAGAUGCAGUGGAAAGAAAACGAUGCCAACCCAUCUUUCAGCAAUGCUAACUUAUAUGAUCUACAUGCUUCACUUCUUCGUCGGAUGUCAAUAGCUUAUUCUGACUGCUCCACUGCCUUUCCAUAUUUUGGUGGCUUAGAGUUAUCUAGCAAAACUGUGAAGACAGGCUUCCUAAACGCUGAAAAUCUGCAGAUCAGAGACCUUGUUUUGGACGAGCCAUCAGAUAGUCAGAUGAUGGGGCUGCAGGACACUCUCAGAACCCCGGGGUUGAGUAACCAAAUGAGGCUCUCAAUAGGGAUGACUCCCAAGUCCCUGAGGCAACCGAAACCCGGCGAAAUGCUUUUAUCAGUUCAUGGUUCUCCCCUCGGUGUUUACAAAGAAGAGGACAUGGAACCAAUUAAAGAAUCAGAUGAAACGUGAUUGAUUGUUCCAUAUUGAGGAAUUCAAUCAUGGGCCCAGAUACGUGAAGAUGAUCAAUUCAGGAAUUGUGGUGUUGUUUCGUAUUGAGCUUUGUAUACUAGCCUCGAGUUGUGUAUAUAUUCUUUCCCUGCUGCCUUAGCUGUAUUUUACCGAUUCUCGACAUUACAUGAACUGCUGGAACUGUUACUCUUCCACAAAUCUGCAAAUUAGAUUGUAACUUUAGCAGUUUUUCCAUCUCAUAGUCAUAGUCCCGCAGAGUGUUAUUCGAGACUGAUCAAUUACAAGGAGUUCCACAUUUCA